UAAGUGCUCUUAUGAUAAAUACCUGUGAUAAGGUAGCCGCCCCUAUUAGAGGGUUGCUCCCUUGAUUGGCUCAGUAUUAUGAAGCUUUUGAAGGUGGCACGACGUAGGCUUCGCUCGCUCUGGAGUCUGCCCCGACGCCUGUCCAAUACCUUGACGGGCAGCCAGGUGGUGCUGGUCUCAGUGGUGAUUUUGAUAUUACAAAAUAUUAUCUAUGGCAUAUUUCCCUGUCGCUUUAACUUCAAGAGGAAAAAGUUCGUGUUCAGCUUGCCGCUGGCCGUUUAUUCCUUCGCCGUGGCCACCUUGUUCAGCGUCUAUUACGGCCGACACCUAUGGCAGGCGUACAGCGAGAAGCAACUGACUCUCCGAGAUCCGGUUCAGAUCUAUAGUUUUAUGUUUGCGUGUGCGGCGAUGCUGAACUAUGUGACCCAAUGGGCCAUGGUUCCAGAGAUUUUACGCUUUCAGAAUCACUUGGAUUUAUUUAAGACCAUGGACUACUUCCGGCUCACGCUGGGCACUGUGGCGCCUGCGACAUUUUUGGCCGGGCUCAAGCUGUUUGGGUGUCCGCUGCUGUUGCAGCUGACACUGAUCAUGUACCAGAAGCACACGCAUCCGGAGCUGAGCUGGCUGAAGACCAUCCACACGAUGUUUCCCAUCUACUUGGGCAAUCAGCUGAACAAUUGUUUCUUUGGCGGCAUAGUGGUGACCCGAAAUAUGCUCAUCGAGAUCAAUAAGCGGCUGCGUGAGAUUCAGGUGGAGGUGAACAGAUUGCAGACUCCGUUGGAGAUGAUGCUGCACAAGCACUACUAUCGCAUGAGACGCUUCUGUGACCUGGCCGAUCGACUGGACGAGCUGGCCAGCAAAUAUACUAUUUCUACUAGCUCCUCCAUGGACUAUUUGGAUCUGACUGCCUUCUCCAUGGUCACAUACAUGGCCAUCAAUCUGACCAGCACCACGCUAGGCAUCUACACGCAAUACCAGGCAUUUGCUGACUUUUGGAUGCUGGACACCUCAUAUGAGAUAUCGCGAGCCUUGGCGCAUCUGGUAUUCCUCAUUGUUCCCAUGGCAGAUAUUUAUGUAUUGGCGCGAGUCUGUCAACAGGUGAUAGAUGAGGCCAAUGAAACGGGUAAUUUACUGCAGCGCAUUAACUUACAGCAUUCGGAUGUUCGAUUCAGUCAAGUUGUUGAUGCGCUGUGGCUCGAAGUGAAAACAAUUAAUUACCAAUUGGUGCCAAUGGGCCUUCUAGAGCUGGAUGGAUCGCUGUUCACCAUAAUAUUCUCAACCGUUUCUGGCUUUCUAUUGUUUCUUAUACAGAACGAUCUAACGCAGAGAUUUUCGCUAAAAUGA